AUGGGUCGCUCUCGUGGAAAUUUCCAUUCUGCUUAUGAGGACCCCACUCAAAGAUCAAGAAGAAAAAAGAAUGCCUCCAGUGGAGAAAAUUCAGAAUCCGCAGCUGCAGGUCAAGGGACAAGUGAAGGGAAUAGGGCUCUAUACCACUGCAAUUAUUGCAACAAAGACAUUACAGGGAAGAUCCGUAUCAAAUGUGUCGUGUGCCCUGAUUUUGACCUAUGUAUAGAGUGCUUUUCUGUUGGAGCUGAGGUGACACCACAUAAGAGCAAUCACCCUUACAGGGUUAUGGAUACUUUAUCCUUUCCCCUUUUUUGCCCUGACUGGAAUGCAGAUGAUGAAAUGCUGCUACUAGAGGGGAUUGAAAUGUAUGGCUUGUGUAACUGGGCAGAAGUUGCUGAGCAUGUGGGAACUAAGAGUAAAGAACAAUGUAUAGAACACUAUACAAAUGUAUAUAUGAACUCCCCAUACUUCCCUCUUCCGGACAUGUCUCAUGUUGUUGGAAAAAACAGAAAGGAUCUUCUUGCUAUGGGUAAAGGACAGAGUGAGGACAAGAAAGGAUUUCCUAUGAUAGGGGAGCUUAAUUCGAAGGAAGAAUCUCCUUUUUCUCCUUCAAGAGUCAAAAUUGAAGAUUCACAUAAAGGUGGUUCCUCUGGCUGCAUAUUGUCAAGCUUAAGUGCUGAAGUGGAAUCUGGGGUCCGUUCAGCAGCAACAGCUGCUAACAAGAAGGCAUCUAAUGUGGCCCAGGUUAAAGAUGGCCCUGGUGUCAUUAAAGUGGAAGAACCUCAAGCAGACAGGAGCUUUGGGGGAAAGAAACCAAACUCUUCAGGGAAUGAGGGUCCUUCUUUAGUUGAAUUGAGUGGUUAUAACCACAAAAGACAGGAGUUUGAUCCUGAAUAUGACAAUGAUGCUGAACAGUUAUUGGCUGAGAUGGAAUUUAAGGAUACAGACUCAGAGGAGGAGCAUGAGCUGAAGUUGCGAGUGCUGCAUAUCUAUUCAAAGAGGCUUGAUGAGAGGAAGCGCAGGAAGGAUUUUAUAAUAGAAAGAAAUUUGUUAUAUCCGAAUCCUCUUGAGAAAGAUUUUUCGCCUGAAGAGAGGGCGAUCUGUCGGAGCUAUGAUUUUGUCAUGCGUUUUCAUACCAAAGAAGAGCAUGACGAUUUGCUUCUAACUGUUAUUAAAGUGCAUAGAACAAGGAAAAGAAUUCAAGAACUUAAGGAUGCCCGAGCUGCUGGUUGCCGCACAUCAGCUGAGGCUGAUAUAUACCUUAAACAGAAAAGGAAAAGGGAAGUUGAAGAGAAUGCUCGUCUAGUAAAGGAAAGCUCUCAGGUUGGUCCAAGCAGUCAAGCUGGUCCAAAUGCAUUCAUGGCUUCAGAGUCUGUUGGCAAGGAGUUCAAUUCGAGACCAGUGGGACAGGCUACUUCAAACUCUGUGAACGAUUUGGAUAUAAUGGGCUUUUAUGGAGCAGAAUUAUUGUCUGAAAGUGAGAAACAGCUAUGCUGCAAGAUUCAGCUAGCCCCACCUCUCUAUCUGAAGAUGCAGGAGAUUAUGUCAAUCGAGAUCAUCAAUGGUUCUGUCACUAAGAAAUCCGAUGCCCAUCACUUGUUCAAGCUUGAAGCCAACAAAAUUGACAGAGUUUAUGACAUGCUUGUGAAAAAGGGGAUUGCUCAACCGUGA